UUGGCGCACCUCAUCCCGGCUCUGUCUCCGCGUGAGCCGGCUCUCUUGGUGGAUUUAUUCGCACGAACCUCUCGGUGCUGCCUGGGAAAGGAUCCUCUUACCGGCUCGGUCCCGGUUUGAUUUUGGAAAUAAGCGGAGCGGCUGUGGAUUAAUGUGAAUGUUCCGGCUGGACGGACUAAGCCUCUACGGAGUCUUUGCAGGCUGAAAGGACAUCUGAGGGGGUCCACCCCCGCCUCUUGACUUGUUCUUCACAUCUCUGUCGCCUCUCCAGCUGGAAGAGCCACAGAUGAGACCCAGCAUAUUUUAAUACUCGGAUGUUCGCGAUGACCCACUGACGCCGACCUCCUCCACCCUCCUUAAUCCUCAAGGUCUCUUAUGAAAAUGGCCCCGACCGGCUGGCUGUGGCGGCUGCCGUUGCUGCUGACGAUCCUCGAGCUUCGUUCGUGUUUUCUGUCUGUGUCGGCCUCGACCACGUCCUUCCCCAAAGACCUGGAGCCACUCCAUGUCGUCAGCUCGGAGCAGUCGUACCAGUAUCCAGGCUUUCAGGGUCUGCUGCAGGACAACGACACGUUGCGCCUGGGUCUGGACUUUCAGAGAAUGUUGAGGAUCAAUCACGUUCUUUACAUUGCAGCAAGGGAUCAUGUGUUUGCUGUGAACCUCACGACGGCAUCAGAGGAGUUUGUUCCACAGCUGAAGCUGACGUGGAGAUCCAAAGACGUCAGCAAGUGUACAGUCAGAGGAAAGAACAGCGAUGAGUGCUAUAACUACGUCAAAGUUCUGGUACCUCGGAACGAUGAGACUUUGUUUGCUUGUGGUACUAAUGCCUUCAACCCAACCUGCCGGAACUACAAGAUGACCUCCUUGGAGCAGGUUGGGGAGGAAGUGGUGGGCCAGGCUCGCUGUCCGUUUGAGUCCAUCCAGUCCAAUGUUGGAUUGUUUGCUGGGGGAGAUUUCUAUUCGGCCACCAUGACAGACUUUCUAGCAAGCGAUGCUGUCAUCUACAGAAGCCUGGGCGACGGCCGACCAGUUCUCAGGACCGUCAAAUACGACUCCAAAUGGCUGCGAGAGCCUCAUUUCCUGCAUGCCAUUGACUAUGGUAACUAUGUCUACUUUUUCCUGAGUGAGAUCGCAGUGGAGUACACAGCCUUGGGCAAGGUUGUGUUUUCUCGAGUCGCGCGUGUAUGUAAGAAUGAUAACGGAGGAUCACCCAGAGUUCUGGAAAGAUACUGGACUUCCUUCCUGAAGGCUCGGUUGAACUGUUCGGUUCCGGGCGACUCCUUCUUCUACUUCGACGUUCUUCAGUCUCUCACCAACGUGCUGCAGAUCAACCAGAGGCCAGCAGUUGUUGGAGUGUUUACCACUCAGUCCAACAGCAUACCAGGCUCAGCAGUUUGUGCGUUUUACAUGGACGACAUUGAGAAAGUCUUCAACGGGAAAUUCAAAGAGCAAAGAACCAGUGACUCAUCCUGGACUCCAGUGCCAGAUGAACAAGUUCCCAGACCAAGACCUGGUACUUGUGCAGGCGACGGUCCGGCCUCAGACUACAAAUCUUCGGUUCAGUUCCCAGAUGAGAUGUUGACUUUCAUCAAAUCUUAUCCUCUGAUGGAUGAGGCAGUUCCCUCUGUCAACGACCGGCCGUGCUUCACACGAACAUCGAGCAGGUCCAAGUUGACCCAGAUCGUGGUGGAUGUUUCAGCUGGUCCCCUUAAGGACAGAACAGUCAUGUUCCUGGGCUCAGACGACGGCCGUGUCCUGAAAGUUCUGGCUAGCACGCAUCCCAAUGACAGCUUUGGAUCCAAACUCCUGGAGGACAUCGAUGUUUAUAACCCCUCCAAGUGCAAUGUUCAGGGUCAGGAGGACAGGAGGGUUCUGGGACUGGAGUUGGACAAGGACCAUCAUGCACUGUUUGUUGCUUUUACCAGCUGUGUAAUCAGAGUACCACUUAGUCGCUGCACCCAACAUGGAGCCUGUAAAAAAACCUGCCUGGCCUCUCGUGACCCUUACUGCAUCUGGCUUCGCACCGGGACAUGCGCCAACAUGGCACCAGGCUUCAAAGCCGGGUUCGAACAGGAUAUAGAGGGCGACCACUCUAUUUACCCCGACAACUGUCACACUGAUGUGUUGGCCACAACACGAAACCAGGAAUCAGCAGCUGACUCUGCCUACGGAACACUUGAGCCCAAGAGGCUGCGUUGUGUCAGCAGCACUGAUGAAGAGAAUGAAAGUGUUCGUCGUCCUCCUGAGCUGGAUCAGCGCGCCAACGUCCACUACACCCUGCUGAUCGCCUGCGUGUUCGUGGCAUUCUUUCUGGGAGCCAUCCUAUCGGGUUUCCUGGUGUCUUGUUACUGCAGCCGCAGCGCAGCUCACCGAGCCCGCAGGCUAGGGAAGGACCCCGAAGCAUCUCUGCCGCACGCUCUGUCGCUGCGAUCACUCGCCAAGCUGAACGGGCUUCUGGAAGGGCAGCCGAAGGAUGACAAACUGGAUGUGUCGACGCCAAAAAUGUACAGCUCCUUUAUCCCUAACGGUCGGGCUGAGCCCCACCUCCACACCCCUGGACAUCAAGGCCUGCAGCUGGGAGACCCUGACCUCAACCUCUCACAGUCUCUUUCUCAGGGCGAUGGAGAACUCUCUGGCUUGCCGACGCCUGACUCCACCCCAGAGCUCCCUUUCAGGAACAUGAAGGGUUUGCGACAUCAUCAGUAUGAGAAGAACCAAAACUGCAACAAUGCCAAGGAUAACAACCCCAAGUCAGGCCCCAGCUGCUCCAAAUCCAACCAGGGCUUCAUGGCUGUGGUUGGGAAUUCUUUGAGCCAGCAAGUGUUUCCCUUUUCUCACCACAACGGUGGCGGUUUGAGCAAUGGGGCAGCUCAUGGGGCAGGAGCCUCGUCAACUUCACUGCACCUCCUUGAGGAGAGGAAAAUUCCCAAUGAUGAGCGAGCUGCCGCCGCCGCUGCCACUACAGCCGCUGCAGGAGGAGGAGUGGGUGGAGCUCCACAUCACCACCACUCCCAGCAGUCCCUACCCCAGACGGUGGUGGACGUGUCUGCACUGGAUGAGCUGCUCAAACACAUCCAUGAGGUCAGCGCAUCAGGAACCGGUGGAAUCAAGGUCCUCACGUCUACAUCGUCGUCCUCACUGUUCCCCGGACCGUCCUCUACAGGAGGAGGACAUCACAGUGGUCACCAUCACCACCAUCAUCAGAAUCAACACAACCAGACUCGAACACAUCACUACAACCACAGCUAUCACCACAGCAACCAUCACAACAACAACAACAGCAGCAGCAGCAGCAGCAGCCACCAUCACCAGCAGCAGAUCCCAGAGACGGAACCAACUUCGUAUUACAGCACCUCCACACUGCCGAGGGAUGGCGUCCCCAAACGCUUGGAUUCAGCUCCUCAAAACUCCACCUCAUCCUCUGCCACGUCUUCAUCUUCAUCCUCCUCUUCAAACAACCCCACGUCCUCCACCUCCAUCCCUUCUUCGUCCUCUUCCUCUUCCUCCACUCCGCUCCAACAGCAGGUGAUCCCGGAGCGGCCUGGAGGCAGCGGUGUCCCCGUGGCGCGUCACCAAUCUCAGCGCCAGUCCCUCAUCAAGAUGGGUGCAGCAGGUGGCGCUGUGCCCCGCCAUCACAGCUUCAACCAACGGGGGACACACGCACACUUUCUGGCCAGAAUGAAUACAAACAACAACAGCAGUAGCAGCAACAACAACCGACCCCCAGGUUCAGCCGCGGCGGCCAAUACAAACACCAGCAACAACAACGAGAGCCAACGGGUGUCUGUCGCCAGCGCCUGUCUGACACGGCAGCACAGUUACAGCGAAGGGCCGCAUGCGCAGCGGGCGGCAAUAGUCCGAAGAACGGUGUCCCUAAAGCCACAGAUCCCACCAAAACCGCUUUUUCUGCCAAAUAGUGCAACGUCUGCAGUAACGGAGGCAGGAAAGUACAACUACUAAGACUGCAGGUGGACAAGAUGCCACCCAAACAUGGCUGCAAUGCUCCCCACAAAGAAAAUCACCGAAAUGCCGGAUGGGGCCAUGCAAAAGGACAAAAUGAGCACCGAUGGGCCCAAAAGACAGGAGGAGACCUCAGUCCUCGUGAUUCCUUAUCACAACCUUUCAGUUGUACUUAUCGUCAUGCUGUUGACGGCGGGCCAUCUGUUGUCUCUCUGAGGCACAACUGAGACAAACCUGCUUCUUUGCAGGGCAGGAUUCCUUGUGGAGACUCGCUCUUCACAGUAAAUGUGGAUCAAAACCAGUUCAGACAGAAAACGUCUGAGAAACAUUCCAGAAGCAGGGCGAAAGGUGUUAAUGAUUCAAAAGGAGUCCCCAAGGCUCGAGGUGGCCUGGAAAAAUUCCUGAUUAAUGCAGUUUUCUUACGAGAGCUUUGAUCUAAUGUCCCGAGUCGCUGCACCUUGGAAUGGGGCCCGGAUUUCAAUUGCAAAUAUUUAAAAAGCAGGGAAUUGGACAAAUGCAGACCUGAGAUGAACUGAAUCUGGGACUGUUGUGCCGCUUUGAGUCCGAGGACGGCAAAGCUUUCUGCAGAAGCAAGUCAAAGAAAAGUCAGAAAAAAAAUACUCUGCUCAGCAGAUCUGCUUUUUCUGACUCUUGAUUAAUGAAAUUUCAAGAAAUGUUCACUGUCUGAAAAAAGUAGAGUCCAUUUGUUCAAAGCCAAGACUUGAAAAUAGUUUUGACUGAGAAAAACAGAGGAAGAGGGAAGUUAGAGAUCACAUUAAAGUGUUAUAGUUGAGCAGUCAGGAGAUCCAGAUGAGAGUAUUUACCCCCAUAUAAACCAGAUAAAUGCUGCUUUCAUCAAUAUCAGAAAAAAUAAAUAUUGAGGUCUGGUCGAUGAUUAAGUGAAGAUUUCUGAUAAACCAUUUCGGCAAAUUGCUAAUUAAUGCUUUCAUUAAACUUGGCACUCAUCAUUUUUAUCCUUCAUGGGUUCAAAUUACUUAAUUGGCUCAAUGAAUAAUUAAUCUUUCAAAUUAUUACAUUUCUGUCUUCUGCAUCUUUACUCUUGAACAGUCUUACAUCUGCAGCAUUUGCAGAAUAUGUUUUCACUCAAAGGUUCUGUGAAGUCAAGAGGUUUAAAGUGCUGGCUGCUAUUUUCAGAUUUUGAUAUAGGGCACGAGGAAUAUUAGUUUAUCAGAAAUGUUUUCUCAUCACCAGCUGAUCACAGGAGGAUCUUAGCAAUGAGAGUUCACCCAAAUAACGACUCACUUACCUCCACUGCAUUGGUUUCCAAAGUGUUGAAGUCUGCUUGCCAGCAUCUGCAAUUUAGUUCUGAAAUAUGUUUGAGAAUGGAAAUAUAAUCAAUUGUACACGUUUGUUAAUCUUCAGGCAAGUAUACUCAAAUCUAAUAUAUGGAAAAUAUAAAGACCUGACUGUGAUGCUGGAGAUUGUUCUUUAGGUUGUUUGAGGUUCUUUAUUUUGGGGGAAAUGAAAGUCUGCACCAUAUGAUGUUGCCUUCCUGGAGCUCAAAAUGACCUGCAUGACAACUUGUAUACAUUUAACUCAAAACUAUUUGUUCACAUGUAACAUCAGUGUUUUCUCAAAUAAAUUGAUAUCGGAUACCUU